AUGCCAAGUGUGGCUGUAAAACUCUACAGCGAUAUCCACAUCGAUCCUUUCACUUCUCUCUCUAUCCAAAUCUUUCUUCCUCACUCCGCUCUUUCUCCUCCCGAGCCUCAUUCCAAACCUAACUCCAAACCUAAACAACAAGCUCCCGAACCUGGAUCUGUACGGAGAAGUAGCUAUGGUCCUCCGUUCAGAGAAGAGCAGCUCCGAGGGAGGAAUAGUAACGCAGUUGAGGGUUUGAAUUUAAUGGGCGCUGGUGUUGAAACCGGUGCCGGUUUGUACCGUGGUUACUCGCCAGCGUUGGAUAAUCGACGGAGGAAAUUACCGGUGAUGUUGCAGUUUCAUGGUGGGGGGUGGGUUAGUGGUAGUAAUGAUUCGGUGGCGAACAAUUUGUUUUGUCGGUGGAUCGCCAAGCUUUGUGAUGUGAUUGUCGUUGCGGUUGGGUAUAGGUUGGCGCCGGAGAGUAGGUAUCCGGCUGCGUUUGAGGAUGGGUUGAAGCCAUGGUGGAGCCUUGGUGGGGAGUUUAACAAGGAUAAUCAUAGGCAUAUUGUUGAUUCUUUUAGUGCAUCAAGUGUUAAUUCUGGUGGAGUGCGCGAUCAACUAUAUAAUUUACAAAUGCUUGAGGCAGCACAUUUUAAAGUUCCACUAGCUAAAGACUCAGAACUUCCUAGAACCUAUACUCCUAGGCAUCCAACAAUUACACCUCCUAGCUAUCCACAAGUUCAAGCGCCAAUAGUUAACAACCCUGCCUUUUGGGAGAGAUUAGGUCUUGAGGCAUAUGGCACUGACACCCUGUUCUUUGCAUUUUAUUAUCAACAGAACACAUACCAACAAUAUUUGGCUGCAAAGGAGCUAAAGAAGCAGUCUUGGAGAUACCACCGAAAGUAUAAUACAUGGUUUCAGCGGCAUGAAGAGCCCAAAGUUGCUACAAAUGAUUUUGAGCAGGGAACAUAUGUGUACUUUGAUUUUCAUAUUGCAAAUGAUGACUUGCAACAUGGAUGGUGUCAAAGAAUCAAGACGGAAUUCACUUUUGAGUAUAAUUAUCUUGAAGACGAGCUUCUUGUAUAG